CGUGCGGACGCACGAGCAUGACGCACGUCUUAUAAAGCGCUGUUUUCUGACGUCAGCGGCCUCUUCCCUGCCUAUGCCCUCGUGAGGUGGGCAGCGUAAAAUUUUCUGUCUCUUUUCGCCGCUAAAGCGAAUCCAAAACCAUCCGUCAAAAUGGUGAACUUUACCGUCGACCAGAUCCGUGCCAUCAUGGACAAGAAGGCCAACAUCCGUAACAUGUCCGUGAUUGCGCACGUAGACCACGGAAAGUCAACCCUGACAGACUCGCUUGUGUCAAAGGCUGGCAUCAUUGCCUCGGCUCGUGCUGGAGAGACCCGUUUCACAGACACACGGAAAGAUGAGCAGGAACGUUGCAUCACCAUCAAGUCUACCGCCAUCUCCCUGUUCUACGAGCUGAGUGAAAAUGACUUGGCCUUCAUUAAGCAGGCAAAGGAUGGUGCUGGUUUCUUGAUCAACCUGAUUGACUCACCAGGACACGUUGACUUCUCCUCUGAAGUUACUGCUGCUCUGCGUGUCACCGAUGGAGCCCUGGUUGUGGUAGACUGCGUGUCUGGUGUUUGUGUACAAACUGAGACUGUGCUCCGUCAGGCCAUUGGUGAGCGUAUCAAGCCAGUCCUGAUGAUGAACAAGAUGGACCGUGCCUUGCUGGAGUUGCAGCUUGAACCUGAAGACCUUUACCAGACUUUCCAGCGUAUUGUUGAGACAGUCAAUGUCAUCAUCUCCACUUAUGGAGAAGAUGAAAAUGGACCAAUGGGCAACCUCAUGGUUGAUCCAGUCGUUGGUACAGUUGGCUUUGGCUCUGGACUCCAUGGCUGGGCUUUCACCCUGAAGCAGUUUGCCGAAAUGUAUGCAGCCAAGUUUGCUGCCAAGGGAAACAGCCAGUUGACACCAGCUGAGCACUGCAAGAAGGUGGAAGACAUGAUGAAGAAGCUGUGGGGUGACAGAUACUUCGACUCAGUCGGUGGAAAGUUCGUCAAGACUGCUACUGCAGCUGAUGGCUCCAAAUAUACCCGCACCUUUGUUGCUCUUAUCCUAGACCCCAUCUUCAAGGUGUUUGCUGCCAUCAUGAACUUCAACAAAGAGGAAACUGCCAAACUGAUCCAGAAGCUGGAUAUCAAGUUGGAUGCUGAGGACAAGGACAAAGAGGGCAAGCCUCUCCUGAAGGCUGUGAUGCGUCGCUGGCUUCCUGCUGGAGAGGCUCUUCUGCAAAUGAUCACCAUCCAUCUGCCUUCCCCCGUCACUGCCCAGAAGUACCGCUGCGAGCUGCUGUAUGAAGGACCUGGAGAUGAUGAGGCUGCCAUGGGUAUUAAGAACUGUGACCCCAAGGCUCCCCUGAUGGUGUACAUUUCAAAGAUGGUCCCCACCAGUGACAAAGGUCGCUUCUAUGCAUUUGGUCGUGUCUUCUCUGGGAGCGUCUCCACUGGCCUGAAAGUACGCAUUAUGGGACCAAACUAUGUCCCUGGAAAGAAGGAGGACCUCUACUUGAAGCCGAUUCAGAGGACCAUUUUGAUGAUGGGUCGUUACGUUGAGCCCAUUGAAGAUGUGCCAUGUGGCAACAUCGUGGGUCUGGUUGGAGUGGACCAGUUCCUUGUCAAAACUGGAACCAUCACCACCUUCGAACAUGCACACAACAUGAGAGUGAUGAAGUUCAGUGUCAGCCCUGUGGUGAGAGUUGCUGUGGAGGCCAAAAACCCUGCUGAUCUGCCCAAGCUGGUGGAAGGUUUGAAGCGUCUGUCAAAGUCUGAUCCUAUGGUGCAGUGUAUCAUUGAGGAGUCUGGAGAACAUAUCGUUGCUGGUGCUGGAGAGCUACAUCUGGAGAUUUGUCUGAAGGAUCUGGAGGAGGAUCAUGCUUGCAUUCCACUCAAGAAAUCUGAUCCAGUGGUGUCCUACAGAGAGACUGUCAGCGCAGAAUCAAGCGUUAUGUGUCUGUCAAAGUCACCCAACAAGCACAACCGUCUGUUCAUGAAGGCUCGUCCCUUCGAAGAUGGCCUGGCAGAAGACAUUGAGAAGGGUGAUGUUAGUGCUCGCCAGGAGCUCAAAGCCCGUGCCCGCUACCUGGCUGAAAAGUUCGAGUGGGAUGUCACCGAGGCCAGAAAGAUUUGGUGCUUUGGACCUGAUGGAAAUGGCCCCAACCUGUUGGUGGAUGUUACCAAGGGAGUGCAGUACCUCAAUGAGAUCAAAGACAGUGUUGUGGCUGGUUUCCAGUGGGCAGUCAAGGAGGGUGUCCUCUGUGAAGAGAACAUGCGUGCCAUUCGCUUCGACGUCCAUGAUGUGACCCUUCAUGCAGAUGCCAUUCACCGUGGUGGUGGUCAGAUCAUUCCCACAGCUCGCAGAGCUCUCUACGCAUGCGAACUCACAGCAGAACCCAAAUUGAUGGAGCCUGUUUAUCUGGUGGAGAUCCAAUGUCCUGCAAGUGCAGUGGGUGGAAUCUACGGUGUGUUAACUAGGAGACGUGGUCACGUGUUUGAGGAGAUCAGUGUGGCGGGAACACCCAUGCGUGUUACCAAGGCCUACCUGCCUGUCAUGGAGUCAUUUGGUUUCACAGCUGACCUUCGUUCCAACACUGGUGGUCAGGCCUUCCCACAGUGUGUGUUCGACCACUGGCAGGUUCUCCCUGGAGACCCAAUGGACCCUACAAGCAAGCCUGGUAUUGUUGUGACGGAGACGCGCAAACGCAAGGGUCUUAAGGAAGGUGUCCCAGCCUUGGACAACUACCUGGACAAAUUGUAAAGCCUGAGACCCCACAUGGUUUUGCCUCAUUCCUCCCUUCUCAAUACAUCAAGUCUACUUUGUGGGACCGGACUGUACAGAACACAGUGAGCACUAUUUGCCAAAAGGGUUGACAAUAAUGAAUAAACAUCUACAAAAAUUGUAAACGAUAAAUAAAGGAAAAUAAAAACUUGAA